AUGCAGAUCACUAGCACCCUCAUGACCCUGGCCCUCCUGGCCGUAGGGAUCAACGCCGCCCCCGCACCCCUGAACAUCAACCUCGGCGCAUAUUCCCCUGCGUUGGUAGUCGGUGAUGGUGCGCUCACAUUCGGAGGCGAGGCAGAGGCUGGAAAAGGCAAGGGAGGCGCCGCCGGAGGCGAAGGUGCAGCAGCCGCUGCCGCCGUCGCCGCCGCCAGCGUUGGCGCUCCCGGAGCCGCUCAACAAGGCAUCGUGGCAGGCCGAGAUAAUACAAAGAGGGUGGAGAAGCGCCAGAACAGCGGCUUUGAUCGUGCUCUCAAGUUCGCCGAGGUCGCGCUCACAAAGGGUCCCAACAUCCAGCUCGGAAACGGCGAGGGCGGUGCCGGCGUCGGUAUCAUUGUCAACAACAACCCCACCGCUGCCGCACCGGCUCAGGGCGGCAAAGCUGCGAGGAGGAAAUAG